AGUCAACAACAGGGGUCACAUAAAGUUAGGUAAUGAGUAAGCGACGCCGUCCGAGACGGGGUAGUGUAGUCGCCGGAUGUAGCUUUCAGAUGGGCUUCCGAGCUGGCUAAGCUCCCCAUUUCCACUCUUCAUGCCACUGUAGAAGGCGGGAAUUCUUCGGCUUUGGAUCAUUCGUUACCCCUAAUACAGACAUGGCCCGCUCUGUAACAUUCUGCCUCCCGUUGUUGGUCGUGUUUAUCCUGGGGUUGUUCUCUCCGAGCGGGCGGUGUUUCAUACCGAUGGUCGGGAUAAGCUUGAACCCUACAGACCAGGACUCGGACGACAACUGGUCUCACGGCGCUAUCACACGCCGGGCUCUGCUAAACGUCGCCGCGGACUUCCAGAGCUCCCAGCUGGACUGCGACGUCGGCGACUUGCGCGACGUCAAGCCGGACAGGAUUUUUCAGGAGAUUUCUCGGUUGUUCAGGCGAUGCUACGGACAGGUCGUCUCCGCUGCACGGUUCUACCAGGCUGCGUUACAGAUCGAGACGGCCAAUGGCUGUGUGGACUUAAACUUCGCCACUAAAAAGCUGCCGUCCGCUCACUUCGACGCUGAGCGGUUCGUGGGCGGGAACGAGCGCCUCCUGGAGCUGAGAACGCAGGUCCUGACGGCCAUCGGGCAGGGCGAGUAUGAGGCGGCUCGGGUCUACACGGGACAGCUGCUCCACACACUACAGGACUUUUACUCCCACUCGAACUGGGUGGAGAUGGGCCACAAGGAGCCGAACGCCGGGCUGGCCGUCCCCGGGGCUGACAUCGGGAGGGUUGCCGCCCCAGACACGCCCACCUGCGAGGACUGCAGCAAGACCCUGGGAUUCCUCUGGUACAAGUGCGAGGAUAACAUCCGUGCCGAGUUGAACCAGCAGGGGUUAUUGACAAGCGGCUACUCCAGCAACCAGAAGGACCUGAACGGAAACCCCGUGAAUAAACCUGAAGGAGUUGGGAAGUGCAGUCACGGAGGCCACUUCGACGGGUCCAAAGACAUACCGGCCGCAGGGGGCAUCAAUAAGGACACGAAAUGGUCGCUCUUCUCUCCGCACAGCGACCUUCACAACCAGGCAGCACAGCUGGCAGUCAAGGCUACGGAGGAGUUUUUCCGGUCCAUCCGGACGGCCACGGGAGACGCCCAGUUCGCCAACUUCCUGAACCUGAACUCGGGCAGCACGCUGUGUUUCGUCAUCGACACCACCGCCAGCAUGGACGACGACAUCGCCGCGUCCAAGGAGCGGGCCUUGGAAAUCAUCAGCAGCCGGGUGGGCUCGCCCACCGCCCCGUCCAACUUCAUCCUCGUGCCCUUCAAUGAUCCAGUUGUGGGCCCGGCCGUGGUGACGAAUAAUCCUGAAGAGUUCAAGGCGGCUAUCGGCUCCCUGGAGGCGGACGGAGGGGGAGACUCACCGGAGUACUCCCUGGGCGCCGUGCAGAUCGCCCUGGCCAGAAGCCUGCCGGGUUCAACCAUCUUCGUCUUCACGGACGCCGAAGCCAAGGACGCCGAGUUGCUGGAGUCUGUGACGUCACUGGGCAUACAGAAGAACAUCAAGGUCACCUUCUUCUUGUCGGGCACGGUGGGGCGAAGGCGGUCUGAGCGUUCCAGGACCAGGCGGGAGUCCAGAGACAGAGACACCUACCUCUCCAUAGCACAGUCAACAGGAGGCCAGGUGCUGGACAUCACCAAGUCGGAGGUGUUUCAGACGACCAAACUGGUGGACCUUGUGGUGACGUCAGCAGAGGUCAACAUCCUACAAAUCCGGGACGCACCAGCUGGGACGGGAGAUCACGUGAUUCCCGUGGACCUGACCAUGAGUGACGUCAUCAUCCAGGUGACGGGGCUAGGUGCCGAGCUGCAGGUUCUCGAUCCAACAGGUGUUCUCCAGGAGACAGGUGAGAACGCCACUGUCAGUGUGGAGGUGCAGCUGAGUGACGUACUGGUGGUGCGCGUGCGUGACGUCACGCCGGGGGUGUGGCACGUGGUGGUCCUCUCGGCCGUGACCUAUGACCUGCGCGUCACGGCGCAGAGCAGCGUGGACUUCAUGUACGCCUUCGUGGACCGGACGGCGAACGACACCGAACACCCGGGCGUGUGUGACGUGGACGGGAGGCCUGUGUCAGGGCAGCGGCCGAACAUCCGGGUGAACAUGGUGGGCUCGGACCCCAGCCUGGUGCAGAACGUGACGUCACUGGACCUGGUGGGCUCGGACGGGGCCGUUCUGCAGGUGUUGUCUCUACAGGAGAACGAGCCUCUGUCAGAGUACUUCGCCGUCAGUCCCACCCUUCCGCAAGAACCCUUCAAGUUCAGGGUGCGAGGCUACGACGCGGCUGCAAAUGCAUUCCAGAGAGUCAUCCCCACCAUGGUGCAGACGGCCACGUGCCGGUUCGAGAUCACCACAGACCUGACGACCUUACGCCUGGUCCCCGGUGGGAUUGUGGACGUCACCUUCACCCUGUACAACGCCGGUCAGUACGGCAUCUUCACGAUCUCUGCGAAGGACGACAAAGGUUUCGUGCAGUCGCUGGCCACUAACAGUCUGCCCCUGGAUGCGGGCGAUCCCGGGUACAACAGGAUGACUCUUGCCGCGCCGGCGUUAGCGGAAUUCGGCACCACCACCACCGUCACCCUGACCGCCCAGUCCUCCGGAGCCUACAACUUCGUGGUCUUCAGAAUCACAGUGUUGCCACCGGAGCAAGACUUCAUCCCGCCGACUUGUGAAGUGGUCGCCAUGGUCGGGACGUGUCGGGACCUGGACGCUUCCGCUUGCGACUCCCGCACGUUCACGGUGACCACGGCUUACCGGGACCAGGGGUACGGGCUGAGGGCCAUCUCCCCUCGAGCGGCCAACAACAACUUCACCUGGACACUGCAGGACUUCCAGCCCGGACUCACCAAUCAGACCAUCACAGCGAACUUCACAGCCAGCUGUUGUCAAACGAACGUCGAGUUCGUGGUGACUGACCUCGUCGGCAACUAUGACGUGUGCAGACCAGACCUGGCCCCUCCCCUCCCCAAGCAAGCGGCCAACACGGCCGUGUUUGUUUUCAUCGGUCUCGGCAUCCUCCUAUUCCUCAUCCUCCUGAUCAUACUGAUCGUCCUCUUCGUUCGCCACCGAAGACGAAGAAAGUACAAGGCCCAGGAGAGGUACCGGGACGAGGUGAAGACUGGGGGAGCCGCGAAGGUUCUGAUGAAGAGGGAGAAGAAGCCGGCGGCCGCCGCGGCGGCGACAAGGUCGGACGUGGCGGUCCGGUCGUCUGAAACCCGGAUCAAAUAUCAGCGGGUUGCUAUGACGACGGGGAGGGAGGGCCAUCGCGUGGAGAUCAGCGCGCACAGAGAGAUGCGCACUGUGAGAACGUGAGGUAGAUAAUAGCAAAGUAGCAAAAAAAUAGCAAAACUUGGCUAAAUUGGGACAGUAAAUUGCCAUGGGAGUUUGGCCACCAUAGGGCAUUUGCCCGCGAGCUUACCACGGGCUCACUCCCCUGGCCCAUUGUUGACCCUAAUCAUGCCGAAUUCUACUAUCCAUAACCAUUAGGCCAGGUGGAGGCUAGGGUCACAACACCCCAGCUACCAGAAUGGAGUGGACUCCGUGUAAUGCCCAUCACCACAGCAGUAACAUACAAAGAUGAUUUA